AUGUCGUCACAAUACAAGAUAUCACAAAUUGUGGGAAAGAAAUACUUUACGUCAACUCCUACGAGCGAAUGGUCAUAUUCUGGGUAUCUCGAGGCCGUGGAACCUCACAUUAAUAUCAGCACCAAACUGAGUGCAUUAAAAUCUUUAUGGAAGAAACGAUUUAACGAACAUUUAAAUGAAAUCGCAAAAGGUCGUUCGGAUAAAAAAAAAGAUUCAAAUGCCACUGAAUUCUGGGAUCAAUUUGAAAAGAAACGAACUUUAAAAAAACAACAGUAUGAUACAAAUGUCGACAUACAAGUAAAUACUCUAAAAGUGAUGAGCACUGCUUCAUCGUAUCAGAAGGAUGAAUUAUCCAAGCAAAUGGAAAUUCCAGGUGACAACAAAAAUCUGCCAAUCGAAUCUAAUAUGAUAUUGCAAGAAUAG